AUGGCGUCUACCUCUUCCUCUCACAAGCGUUCAUUCAGUGAAUUUCAAAGGAAAACAUUCACAGUAUCAUAUGAUGCAUUCAUUAACCACCGAGGCCCUGACACGAAAGCUACUGUGGCUUUUGCACUUUAUGAAUCACUGGAAGAAAUGGGAUUUUGGACAUUUCUUGAUGAUCAAGAAUUACAACCAGGAGAUUCAAUUGAGCCUGCCAUACAAAAUGCCAUUUACUCUUCCUCUCUGCAAAUCGCCAUCUUCUCACCAGGAUAUGCGGAGUCCCCUUGGUGUCUAAAUGAGCUGGUUGACAUGUUGAAAACCAGCGCUCUGUUUAUUCCUGUAUUUUGUGAUGUCAAGCCUUCUGACCUUCGCUACCCUGAAGGUCAACACUCUGUUUAUGCAACUACAUUUGCUGAACAUGAAAGAAAGGGGAGAUUCAGCGAAGAGACGCUUAACGACUGGAAAGAAGCUCUCCGCUCUUCUUCACUGGUCUCUGGCUACGAAUUCAGCACAGAAAUUGACGCCUCCAUAUUGAUUUUGAACGAUUUUGCCAGUAAUGUCGAGGAGCUGCGUACAAAGGUUGCCUUGGCUGUGCAACAAAGAGUUGGAAAGAAGGGCUUCCCAAGAUGUGUGGAAGUUGCAAAACAUCAGAUAGAUCUUAAUGCAGACGCAGAAGCGUCAACGAGAAGAUCGGUAGAGGUGUACAAGAAAUCUAGCCUUCUGCCCAGAGAUUCACGUCCGGUGGGGAUAGAUUCCAAAGUUGAAGACAUGCUCAGGUUGCUACAAGAUCCACAAGUUCCAGUUAUAGCUGUCGUUGGUAUGGGUGGCUCGGGGAAGACAUUUCUUCUCCAAAAUGUCUACAAUGCCUUUAAAUCCAGGUUUGACAAUUCUAUUUGGCUCUCUAUUUCCAAAUCAUAUGCAGUCAAGAAUUUGCAACAUGAUAUAGCCAUCCGCAUAGGGUUAAAAAGUGAAGUUGUGGAUGGUGCCAUAUCUCAAGAGACAGCGGCUGAAUUAAUUCAUGACCGUCUCCAAGGGAAAAAAUCUCUUAUUGUGCUAGAUGACCUGUGGACGUUGUCAGCAGAAGAUAAUCUCUUAUAUAAACUUGGUCUGCCAACUGAUAAAAAUUGUAAAGUUGUGGUGACCACAAGAAAUAAGGAGGUUGCUCGAAAUUCAAAUGCUCAUAUUUAUGAGAUGGAAAAUUUGUCAGAUGAAGGCAGUUGGAAGCUGUUCUGUGUCCACGCAUUUCCGGGUCAUGAAGAAUACAGAGCGCCAACGCACUUGGAAGAGGUGGGUCGUGAGAUAGUAAAGCAAUGUGGAAACUUGCCUCUGGCUAUCAAAACGACAGCAGCACCGCUGGCCAACGCCACAGAUUAUAGAAAAUGGGAGUCCAAGCGCCGUCAGCUUGAAAGGGCAGUUAUUCCCAUUGGGGAGCAUGACCCUGUGAUGGAUAUAUUAAAAUUGAGUUAUGAUUCCUUGCCAGAACAUAUUAAACCCUGUUUUGCUUUUCUUUCUUUCUUCCCUGAGGAUGCGGAGAUAGAUCCUGAAUAUCUUGUAUAUCUAUGGAUAGGAGAGGGUUUCGUCCCAGCAGGAGAGGAGCAGUGGGAUACGGCGCUGGAUUGGUUAGAUCAACUUGACCAGCUGUGUCUGCUUCAACUAUGGGAAGAUCGACACCGUCAUCUUGCGGAAGAAUAUGGACGGUUAAAGAAAUACUGUAAAAUUCAUGAUCUGUUGCAUGAUUUGGUCAUACAGUUAUCGAAAGAAAAUAAAUGUGUUUUUUCUCUUAAAGAAGCCUUCACACAUACAACUGGUGCCUCUGGCUGGUAUCGGAUUUUACUAGCCAAGAAAGAUAUAAAUGAUAAUGCCCUCUCACAUUGCCAUCCUUAUCUCCGUACAUUCUCAAUGUCUGAGAAUUGGAAGAUUAAAACCAUUCCAGAAAACUUGUUUACCGCAAUGAGAGGACUGCGCGUUCUGGAUUUGAGCUCCACAAAUAUCUCAACAUUGCCUCCGUCUGUUGGAAAGAUGGUACUUCUGAAGGUCCUGAAUUUAAGGGAUACAGGGAUAAGGGAGGUACCGGAGUGUGUGAGAUAUCUGAAAAGUCUCCUGUUUCUUGCAAUGCCCGGUUAUCCUACUGAGUACAUGCCAGUAUGGAUAAGUGAACUUAAGGGUCUUCAGCAUUUAGAAUGCGAUUGUGAUUAUCGUAUGGCGAAGGGAAUAUCAGAUAUGGCUUCUUUGAGAACACUCCGAUCAGGAGGCUUGUGUCUCUCCAUAGAAGGGGACGAUCAAUUGAGGAUGGAGGAUUUCGCCAAGAUGACUCAGCUUCAGGAAUUAGAUUUAGAGCUUUAUCAUGAGAUGGAGUUUGAGAUGAUGGAAGAAGGGAUUCUUGUGCAGCUCACCAAGAUGCGUCGUCUAACUAUCUGGAAUACGAGGAUGGGAGCAACGAGUGCGCAGCUUUCAGAGAAAAUGAGAACAAUGAGAGAUCUAGAAAUUCUUCAGUUACACAACUUCGUAGUGCCAGAUUGGAUAUGUGAUUUGGCAUAUCUGAGGGAAUUGGAAUUAAGAGGUUGUGACUCUAUUGAUUAUCCGGAGUUGCAAAGAAUGCCCAAUCUAGUGAUUUUACUGUUGGGUGGGACAGAACGGUGCAACUGCAAAGAAUUGCCAAAGGCGUUUGGAAAGUCGGGAGGGUUUCCACGCCUCCGCUUCUUCAUAAUUAACUAUUUUCCAAAAUUAGAGGAGUUCCCAGAAUUGGAGGGGGCAAUGGCAUGUCUUGAGGAGCGGUUGGAAAGAUUGAAGGUAUUCGAUUACAGUUGUUCAGGGACAUAUGAAGUAAGAGAGGCAUCAAAGGAAGGCGGAGUAUAUAGGAAUAAAAUCAAAGCCAUUAAUUCCGGUGUAACUAUUACACCAUAG